CCUCGGCAUUGUUUACAUGGAUACCGAGUCAUUAUUGCCAAGUAUGAGGUUUUGAAGGAUUAAAACAAUAAAAAAAGCUUUAACAUAAAUAAAAAAAAAGUUAAAAUGACCGACUUCAAAGAGACGAAGUACCAGCCUCGGCAGGAUUGGAAUCAGACUUCCACAGGAGUUGGACAUCAAUAUCGACCAGGAUAUUACUUUCCGAGCACACACUUUCACCAAUGCAUUGGUGAACCACUGCCACCACCUCUCGCACAUCAAGACCAGAUCACAAGAGACAAACAUUUUGAAACAACUACGGGCAAGGCUCACGACCGAAAAUACCCAGGACUUUUAUAUGCCAAUCCAGUCCAUAAGAAAGCACCAGGCCAUUGGAAGGUCGACUAUGUUAAGGAUUUGGCAGAGAAGCUGUCCAAUGGUGGCUGGAGGCGACCCCUGACCAUGGGAAACCAGACAUCAGAGACACGGGAAGAGUUCAACAGCCUGCCUGGUGUUCGCCAGAAAUACCACUUUGAUGACACAGCAGGGCUAGGACUGCCUCAGACUUACAAUUUACAUGAUCAUCAUGUUGAAGGACCAAGCAAGUAUGGGCAGGGAAGCACACAGAACCCAAAGCUUCAGGGAAAGCCAUUCUAUGUGCGGGAUCAAGGAGUUCUCACACUGCUUGACCCCUAUCUUUCAACCACACAGAAAGACCACAGAUCCUUCAAACCUGCUGAGCUAAAAAAGUACCCAAAGAAAGAUGCAGCUACUUACUGGCAGUGUGAGGAUUACCCUAAAGCCUGGGGGCAUGGCUUGAAAGACAAUCCAUUGCCAAAGACGUCUGUACCAAGAGAACGUCUGCCAAUGAGGGACACAAUGGUAUUCCCAACAGCCACCAAGGUGCCCCGCGCUCCCAAAGCCAUGGUUCCCGUGCCCCAUGGUGGUCUCAAGUCUGAGGUUCAGGACAAUUUCACCAGACCGUCUGAUGUAAAGAUGAAGGAGGCCAUGUACUGCCCUGUUGACACCCCAUUUACUCUACCAGGCCCUGGCACAAAGUCUGCACUGACCGCCCCAAAAAUGUACAACACUGAAUACCAGCACAUAGGAAGUGAAAAACCAAUCAUGGUUUGAUUAUUGUGGACUCGUAACUUGUUAAAAGGCAAUGUUCUUAAAGAUAACUGUCUUCAAAAUAAAUGUGUUGAAAGAAAAGGACAUAUUAAAUUUUGUAGUGAAUAAUGUAUACCAGUACCAGUGUUAUCUACAAACUAAAGUACCGGUAUUUUCUUUGAAGUAUUAUUCGGUAUACUAAGUAUUCAUUAUGGUAUUAUGCUCAUUUCAAGCUCAGUUGUGUGUAACUGGUAACCUUCAAGCUCUCAAGGCGAAAAGCAAGAUUCUGUUGUUGCAUAUUUUGACUACCAGUAUUUUACACAUGGUAUGAACAUUGUAUAGCAGUGUUGUUUGUUAAGACUUUAAUACAAAUGGAUAAUGAUGUUAAUUUGGAUUUAAACCAUUUACAUUUCACUGUAAUUUAUUGAAAUAGUAGUAAACUAAAUGUAAACUUUUGUAUAAAUGUAAACUUUUGUAUAUUUACAGUAUGUAUUUUUAUGACUGAUAUAAUUUGCCAUCUAAGAUCAUGUCAAGACAGAACUAUCAAGUUUUACAGUUCAUUUUUAUAAAUAUAGUAUAAAUAUACAUGUUAAUUUUUUUAUGUAUAUUAUUACUCCAUAAUGAAGCCUCUAUCUGACAAUAAGGGACCAGGGCAUACCAAAAUGACUCUAAUAUUAUGAAGUUCCAGGUUCCUAUUUCAAAACCUACUGUAACCUGGCAGUUAAAAACAAAUUGCAACAGAAAACAACAUUUUUUUUGCAUGUUUAAGUUUGAUUUGGGAAAUGUUUUUAUUUUGAAAGUUGAAAACCUAGAUAUACCUGCCUUAUAACGAUCAACCUACCGUAACAACUGUUUGGCAUGGCUUGAUCAUUAACAUGUUUGUGCAAUGACAUUGGUAAUAUUUUAAGCACAAAGUGAACAUUUGUUUAUGAUUUUAAUCUUCUUCAUUCAAUCUUCUUCGUUCUGUGUCAGUAGAAUUUGUUACUUCAUGUUUUACAGUUUUAGAAAAACCAUGUAUGGAGUUUUUACUUCACUUGUUAUUAUAAUAUUGUAUUUCAUGCAAUUUGAAAUAAAUCUGUCUGUGAUAACUUUC